AUGGCCAGUGGCACUAGUCCAGCACGUCCAACAAUGACCGAGCACACGUCGACUGCACGGAGGACGUACGACAUACUGGGGGAGCGGUCGAGUACACCAUACAUUGUAGUGCCUGACGAUCCCUCUGCUCGUAUUGACACAGCUCCCUUGUUUACGGCCUGCAAAAAUGUCGUGCCGUUUGCCGUCGUUGCUGUCCUCUGCCGUCGCAGUCCCCUGUUGGUCCCUCUGGUUUCCCAUCUUUCCCCUUUUGUCGUCUUCGCGCGCGACAAGUUCCACUGGAUCCGCUUCCCCAGCCUUUUGAUUUUCGAUACGAAGUUGCUUUACUGGGUCGCAUCCAUCGCGCCUGUCGCAAGUACGGAUCACUUGUACUAA